UCUACAAAGAACCAGAUCUCAUAAACACAAGACCAGACUUUCAGUUCAACGUUAAACAGCAUCUGUUUAAAAGUUUUUAUUUACUAUGAAAAGAUUGUGUUUGUUUUUGUUGUUUGUUAGCAUUCUCCAGCCAGCAGAGCAUUCACCUGUGGUUGGGCCUGAACCCAUCCGCUGUGUUCUGUGCUCCCCGGAGCAGCUUGGUGCCUGUCCUGCUGUAUCCUUGGACUGUGUGGAGGUCCUGAGAGAACCGGGCUGUGGAUGCUGCUUCACCUGUGCUCUGAGGAAAGGGGAUUCUUGUGGAGUCUACACAGCUCGUUGCGGUUCUGGAUUGCGUUGUACCCCAAGGUCAGGUGACCCACGGCCACUCCAAGCACUGACCCGUGGCCAAGCGGUAUGCACUGAAUAUGAUGAGGCCCAAGAAGAAACAGAUAUCACUGACCAGAGCUCAUUGCAGUACCUGCUGGGACUCAACAAGCCACUUGACGCAGAGGAUGGUGCACAAGCACUGGAGAGCAUAAAAGCUAAAGUGAAUGCAAUCCGCAGGAAGCUGCUUAAGGAGGGCCCCUGUCACACUGAACUGCAUGCGGCUCUGGACAUUAUUGCUGAAUCACAACAGAUGUUAGGCGAGAGGUUUACAACUUUCUAUCUUCCCAACUGUGACAAGCAUGGAUUCUACAUAGCCAAACAGUGUGAGACAUCUCUCAUUGGUAAGAAUACGCGCUGUUGGUGUGUGUCUUCUUGGAAUGGAAUGAGAAUUCCAGGCACUGGUGAUUUAACAUCAGAUAAGCAGUGUCAUCAGGAGGUCAUAUCCUGAAGACAUGACUUGAUACAUGGCAAGAGUUGUUCUCUUAAUUUAUAUUCCCUACAAUAUUAACAACUAUUUAUUAAAAGUGUAAAAUUCGUAAUAUUUAUAAAAUGUUUUUUGACUGAAUUUUGCGAGAGGAAACAUACUGAUGUUAAACCCCCCCUGUAAAAAGACUGAAUCUACAAAUUCAUAUACUAAGUUGAUAUCUUUUUCUGCCCUAAAAUUGUAAAACAACUGAAAAAUCUAAUGCAUUGAGAAAUAUUAAAUCAAAUGUGCCUUUUACUUCAAGGGCCUUGUUGCUCCCUAUUUUAAUGCUCCAUGUUUAAUAUUUUGAUUUGUAAUCUGUCAUUUUAUUUUUUCAAAACCAACUCUUUAGACCUUACAUUAAUGUGGAAAUUGAUAAACUUUUUUCUUGUGUUGUGUAAGUGAUUUUUUUUCUAUUAAGCAAAGGUCUACCUCUAAACAUAUUUCCUGCUGUUUUUGGUUGUAGUUAUUGUAGUUACUUUUAAAUGAAAAUAUGACGUUACUUUAUCAUAUUCCUGAUAUAUUGCCAUAUGUUUGUAUUUACUUGUUAAAAAAUAAUACCAAAAUGUUUACAACUGUAACGUGCGGUUUUCAGUGACUUUCAAUAAAACCUAAAUCUUUGCUUUGA